UAAUUAGACACCCUGACUAACUAUUUAAUCCCUCUGUGAUGAUAACGCCCUGUGCCUGGACCGGAUACGCCAAAUUAAAUGGUUAACAACCGUACGCCGGCCGGGUGCGUGUGUGGUUUCCAGUCGUCGGCGUCUUUGUUCUGUAAUCCGGCCACCAAGCCUGACAGUUCGUGGGAGAGGUGUGAAAAUACCUUUCUUCGCUAUUUUCACGUCAAAUGAAAAGGUAUUCGUCGACAGUCCUAGGUGGGAGUUGAUGCUGGCGUUGCCAUAUGUGCUUUGGACGUUGUUAUCUCCUUACAUUUAGCAUUUCUCUAAGAUGAUCUCUGUAAAGAACAACUGUAGGGAAUUAAAUGGUGAAAUUUCGUUGUGGGAUGAUUGUGAAUGAAACCUUAUUUACAUCAUGAUCGGAUUGUAUCGAGGUGUACUGAGAUGUCGAUAUGGGAGAAUCUCGCAACACAUGAGGCUCCUCCUCCCGAGUAUCUCCCGCCAUUCAAGAUCGAGCGGUGGGAUGGGGCGGAGCCUAUUGACAUGUCGAUUACUGAUUGGCUCACUGUCUCGCAAGUAGGUGGAGUAAAGCAUGUAAAUUGAAGAUUCUACAGGUAUGAGACAUCAGUCUAGCCAAGAACGUCGUAGAAUGUGUGUGUGAAUUGAUAUACAUACGUUUGUUGACACUCGUCUUGGUUCUAGCUAUACAGAUUGAUAAGAGUAAACAUUUGUGCGUCGAAGUAGAAUGGUGAAUUUAGGUUGCGGAACCGACAGGAUGUAUAGCAGUGGGACGCCCCUCAAGCAUUCCUUUUCCAUCAGUUCUCUCCUGUCGGAAUCUGUCAUCAACGAAGUGCCAGAAGAGACCCGGGAAACGUCCGCUAAGGACAACAUCGAUCUGCAGGACUUCGAAAUGACAGCCGCAGUUGAGGAUGAUGGCGAGGACAUCGACGUGACAGCAGCGACCAGCCCCUUGGCUGGGGUCAUGUCCGACUCGGAGACAGAGGAGCCCGCCGAAAAGGAAGAGAAAGAGCCGAAGAAGGAAGGCGAGGAGAAGAAGAAGAACGAGAAGCCCCACUACAGCUACAACGCCCUCAUCAUGAUGGCCAUCCGGUCGUCUCCCGAGAAGCGCCUCACCCUCAGUGGCAUCUACGAGUUCAUCAUGAAGAACUUCCCCUACUACCGCGAGAACAAGCAGGGCUGGCAGAACUCCAUCAGGCACAACCUCAGCCUCAACAAAUGCUUCGUCAAGGUGCCCAGACAUUACGACGACCCGGGCAAAGGCAAUUACUGGAUGCUGGAUCCAUCUGCUGAAGAAGUUUUCAUAGGAAGCACAACUGGUAAACUCCGUCGCCGUUCGACUACUGCCUCGAGAAAUCGCUUGGCUGCUUUCAAACAAUCUCUUCUUGGAAGAUUUGGAUGCUACUCACCACUGGGACUGGCCCCUUACGCUGCUGCUGCAGCGGCAGCAGGCCUAGGUGGCCCCCUUGGGUCCCUCCCAGGGGCUUUAUCCGGAGGACUCGCAACCUCUCCUUUAUACCAACAAGCAGCAGCUGCUGCGGCUUUGUACCGUAGUUACCCUACCUCCUACUACCCUGGUAUGCUACCCACAACGCCCCUAGCUCCUACUGGGCCUCCGUCAGCGCCUCACACAGGUCCAGCGCCGCCUUCUUGCCUGCCAAAACCUACAGCCCUGAGUCCUGCAUCUGCUGGCGGUCAAGCAUCCAAUUCCUCCUUCAGCGUCGACCAUAUUCUGUCAGACAGCCACUCUGGCACCCCACCCCGCUCCCUUUUGGCAGGACUCAGUGGCCUUUCAUCGACUGCUCACUACGACGCCUACAGAUAUUCCCUGCUGGCGCAGAUGAGCGGAACCAGCAGCCGUCGACAGGACCUUCACCGCCCGGUAACCGUCGUUGGGGGUAGACCCAGCUAAUUCAAUUAUAACGCUAUCCCUUCAUCCUCAAGUUCAUCCUCACCCCGUCCGGGCGGCAACGAGAUUUUAACAUAGUCCCUUUUGGGCCGCCAGAGUUUUGUAUCCCCCAGUUGUCGUCGUCCACGCCCUCAACAAGUCCGCCCAUUCUCUGCAAAUGUGUCUGUAGUUCCACACUUGUACAGUCGUCGUUCAGUUCAUGAGAUAGACAACCACGGCGAGGAUCUAGUUAGUUAAAGAUUCCCCGAAAAUUUACCGAAGACCCGAAACGUUCCUUUGAGUGCUCGAAGAACAAUCAAGAGGAACUCAUCUCGUCUAUCCUUCAGUCGACCUUCAGUUUUCCCUUUCGUGAAAUUUCGGGGGCGCCUUUCCCCCAACCCCUCUCCAAGACGCAUUUAUCAAUCUCGUGGACAUCACUAUCCCCAUUCUCCUCUCGAUAGAAGAAGAGAGUUUUUCUCGGUCUACCUCCAGCAUCUUAUAUUUGUCACGCCAAGGUUUUAUUUUUUAUUUUUUAAAUAUAUAUUUUUUUAAUGGAAAUUGGAAUCUGUUGCCCCAUCCCUCCAGUUUGGAGUCGCGUAUGGAAAUGGAAACUGGAAGUACCCUUUCUAUUGUUAAUUCAAUUUUUGAAUGUGUAAAUUGAAAAUCUUCUGUUUUUUAAUCAGCUUUCGGGUAAGGGUAUUUGCAAAUACCCCUGAUAUUUUCAAGUCAAGUUUAUGAAAGUUUAAAUUUGAAAUUCCUGUGUGCUUUUUUUUUUUCUUUUAUGAAAAUUGGAAACCCUGUUUCCAAAUUAUGUUUAUAGGAAUGGAAAGUGGGAAAAAAUACCUUCUGUUUUCAAGGAACAUUGUUGGCAAUAGAAAAUAAUGAAAAUGUAGUCAUCAAUCCUCACGCUUCAUAACUUCGAAUCAAGUGAAUGUCUCUGUUCUCACCCCAUUUCAGGCUUGUAUACUUAUUUAUACUAUCGUAAGUAUUCAUUUGAAACUUAACUCUGUACAGUAUUGACAAGACUCACGCCCCGUCGCGUCGGUUUGUCCCGUAGUGCGGGAAUAUUUAAGUCGUAGUGAAUUUAUUGUAAUUUAUAUAUUAUUUAAUCGUCAUGAAUAACGUUCUAACAGGAUUGUUUCCUAUUAAAAUACUAGACAUUAGUGAAGGGAUUCUCAGAGGUACUUGAAAGUAUACUCGGCUAUAUGAUUCCGUGCUGCCUUUGGAUCCCGUUUGUACAUGUUAGCACUCACUGUAGUAGUCUCUUCAAGCCAAAGAUGAUAAUAAUACUAAUUGAUAAUGUUUCAGCUGUUGAUAAUGUUUGAUUGUUGUAUUUUUAUAAUAAAAUUAAUAUUAAU